CUUGGAUAUGAAUCGGACCUUCAUUGGAAACCGAUAUCCGAGUUCCGAAACUUUGACACACGCUCUCACUCUACACUCUAGAGAGAGAAAAUGGAGCAGAGCUCUACCUACCGCGGGACCCGCCCGACCCGGCACCAAUCGGAGCCGCUUUACUCCACCGUCGUCAUCCACGGCGGCGACUCCGACUCCGACUCCGACCACGACCGAAACUCCCGCAAAUCACAACCGCAACCACAAAAGCAAGACCUUUACGCUACAAUGGUGUACAAAGAUAGCGAAGAAAACGAAGAUGAAGACGAAGACGACGAUUCGUCUCUGCCUCCACUCCUUAAGCGACUCCCUAAAGACUUCGGCGGCGGAGCUUCGAUCGACUACGACAACGACUAUGGAGAGUCUAGCAAGACUGAAGAUUUCGGUACAAUGAUCGUGAAGUCCGAUCGUAGUCUUAACGACCGGUCCUCUUCGUCGUCGUAUUACUACUCGUACUCUUCCUCGAAGCCUCGGAGCUCGCCGACCUCUGAUUACGAGUCCGCGAAGAGAGCGAUGGGUCGUCGCGACGAUGUUGAUGAUGAGGAUGAGGAUGAGGAAGAGGAAGAUGAAGGUGAUGGAGAGAGAAACUCGACUUUUGUGGUGAAGAAGAGCGAGAGAGGUAAGAGUGUAAAAGGUUUGGGGGAUUCGACGAUGGGACGCGCGGUGGCGAGUAUGCAAGCGGCUGGGGAAUUAGAGUUUGUGAAGCAGAGGAAGCUAAGCGUGGCGUCGGCGUCGGAGCAGGGCGGCGAGGAGCGGCGGAACCUUGCGAUGAGAAACAUUUCGUCGAGUUCGAUUCCGGAGAGUGUUGUUAUAAGGGAAGAUCCUUCUACUAAGUAUGAAUUGCUCAAUGAGCUUGGGAAGGGGUCAUAUGGGGUUGUUUACAAAGCUAGGGAUAUAAGAACUUUGGAGCUGGUUGCCGUCAAAGUCAUAUCAUUAAGUGAAGGGGAUGAGGGAUAUGAUGAAAUCUGUGGUGAGAUUGAGACGUUGCAGCGGUGUAGUCAUCCAAAUGUUGUGCGCUACCUGGGGAGCUACCAAGGAGAAGAGUAUCUUUGGAUAGUUAUGGAAUACUGUGGAGGUGGAAGUGUUGUUGACUUGAUGAACGUUACUGAAGAGCCUUUGGAGGAGAAUCAAAUAGCAUAUAUCUGUAGGGAAGCAUUGAAGGGUCUUGCUUAUUUGCACUCGAUUUCCAAGGUCCAUAGAGAUAUUAAGGGUGGAAAUAUUUUGUUAACGGAACAAGGUGAUGUCAAAUUGGGUGAUUUUGGAGUUGCAGCCCAGCUUACAAGGACCAUGUCAAAGCGCAACACGUUCAUUGGCACUCCACAUUGGAUGGCUCCAGAAGUUAUUCAAGAAAGUCGCUAUAAUGAAAAGGUGGAUGUAUGGGCUCUUGGCGUGACUGCAAUUGAAAUGGCAGAGGGACUUCCUCCUAGAUCAGCAGUACAUCCAAUGAGGGUGUUAUUCAUGAUAUCCAGGGAGCCAGCUCCAAUGCUUGAGGAUAAAGAAAAAUGGUCUCUUGUGUUCCAUGAUUUUGUUGCGAAGUGCCUAACGAAAGAACCUCGUCUACGCCCUACUGCAUCUGAGAUGUUGAAACACAAAUUCAUUGAGAAAUACAAAAGUGGACCCUCUGCAAUGUUCUCAAAGAUUAAAACAGCGAAGGAAUUUAGGGCUUCCAUGGCUCUUCAAGCACAAAAUCUCGCUCCAACUUUGCCUGGAGAUGAUCCACUGGAAGCUUCAAAUGAGAAUGAUGAUUAUGGAGGUACUGUUCCAUCAAGGCCUUACAAUAUUGGGCUUCAAGUUGCAAAUGAAGUACCUGUACCUAGCUCUGUGACGAAACAGCACAUAUUGGAUGGUACAGAACAAGAUGGAGAAGGUAAUUUUGGCACUGUAAUAGUUCAUGGGGAAGAUGAGGUAGAUACAACGGCCACUCAGACGCUAAUUUCCAGUGCUAAAGAACACUCACCUGCUCUUGAACAUGUUGAAAACCUUUCUGCUAGUGGCAUGGGAGGCAAAUCAGCUUCAUCCCAGGUGGAGAAUAUAAGAGGUGUUGAUGCAAACAACACAUUGGUUGGAGAAUCAAAUUCUGUUACACAGACCAUACGGGCAUCUUCUGACUCCGUUUCUAGCUCUACUGAACAGAACCUCAAGACAACGGGUGUUACUCAUGUGGAAGUUGGGGGUGGCAGUGGUAUAAACAGUAGCACAUUGAAGAAUGAUACUGUUAGCCGCAAAGCUUUUGCAUUGCAGGAUAAGCUUUGGUCCAUAUAUGCAGCAGGUAAUACAGUACCAAUUCCAUUCUUGAGGGCAACUGAUAUAUCCCCCAUUGCUCUCUUGUCAGACAAUGUGCUUGGUAACAGUGGAACUGUAGAUGUUGAGGCAUUGCAGGAGCUCUUUACUGGUGAUGGACAGUUGAAAAAGGGUCGAAGAGGACAAAAUGAGAUGCCCCUUCCUCCAAGCGUGUAUCAGAGACUCACUUCAAGUUCUACCCAAUUGAAUUUGGCACAGGCUUUAGCAUACCACAAAAUGUGUUAUGAAGAUAUGCCACUCCAGGAGUUGCAAGCAACACAGGAGCAACAGACCAUUCAAAAUCUUUGUGAUACACUUAGAACUAUUCUUCGGUUGUAGAUAGGCAAAUGCUGCUGCUAAUGUAAUUUUUCUUAAUCUAUCUUAGUCUGUUUAGGUUAUGGAAAGGCGAAGGGUGGCACUAGUUGUAGUCUUAACAUUUAUUGCCGCAGCUUAUACAUGUAUUAUAUAUGUAAAUUUUAAAGUAGGGCUUUUACCAAGAGGGGAUUUGUAAAUUCUCAAAUGCCUUUCUCAUCUCUAAUUAUUUGAA